GGGGCCCGCGGGGUCGGGCGACACGGCUGGCGGAUGGCGUCCCUCCUCUCUACCCUCCCCCUCUCUCUGUCGCCGGUGGUGGCUUUCUCCACUUGUCUCCCGCAAUUGCGAGCGACGGUCCUCAGCGCGAUCUCCCUCGAGCCACCUUCGAAUGACGCCCUCCCGCUGCCCGCUGCCCGCCCCAUCUGUGCGCAUCUUGGGCCCCAGCCUUUGCAAGCGCCCUUGUCGUCUGGGUUUCGCCAGUUGGGGCUGUGCGCGCUCCUGCCCUUCUUGGGGUUUUGGGCCGCGGCACUGCCGCGCGCCCGCGGUCCCGGCCUCUCCCUGGAUCGCGCUGUCCCCUCUCCCUCGCGCGCCCCCACUCCCGUUACUCGCUCCCCCCCCCCACAUACUGGCGCGCGUGCGCAGUCCAUCUCCCGUUGGGAGAGUGCGCCACAAGGGCUCCUGAGCUCUUACCCCCAUCUCUGGAUUUUGCUCCCUCCUUCUCCUCUCCCAUUCCAUGACUUUUUGCCCCCACUGCAAGCGAGUCAGUCCAUCAGCUCCAUUCCCCACUUGGCAGGAACAAGUUGGGGGUUAGUGUCCACCCACAAAAAGGACUAGACACUAUGUUCCUAGGUCCCACAACUCAUCAUAAAGAGAUGGUUGUAGUUCUCAUCAGGAACCGUGGGCUAGGGACUGUGCGUUCCUCAGCACUCGAAGCUCUUCCGUGAGACCAUGCCCGCAGGGUGCUCUGGUUCUUUGGGGAUGCUGUACUGUGGCUUCGGAAUAUGAGCGUCUUCCCACCCUCCCUCCCCUCCCUUCGCCAGCGAUCAUCCAGUUACAUAAGUGGAAUGGGACUUUGUAUGUAAUGGGCUCUCUUGGUCCUGGAGUGCUCAGGAUCUCCAGUACCAAACAUCGCUAUGACUCCUCUGUCAAUUAUCUCUGAAAGUUCAUUCUCUUUUUAGUUCGGUUAUGACUGAAUCACUUAAAAUAAAACACAGGUGACUUUUAUGUGUCAGUAGCAAUGUUUCUGAGGUUUUGCACUAAAGGUUUAAUCAAUCGUGGUGGAGUCUAAAAAGAUUCGGUUUCACAAGAAAGACCCUGGUGUGACAUUGUUAAGUAUGGACCCCCGCAGGGCAAAGCUUGCUAGGGAAUACCUCUGUGCUAGUUCUUUGUAUGUUCCGGUAAAGGUUCAUCAAAACAAAAAUGGGCUCCACCAUAAAAUUGAUAUUCCUGACUCAUAGUCAGGGAGAUAUGUACUCCUGGUUAAUUUUCCAGGAACACAAAUGGGCUCUGUUGAGUCAUUUGCAUGUCGUCUUCAGUGUUUGGAAUCAUUACCCCAAACAGUGAGACAAUAAUCUCAAAUAUAGGGUUGUUGAUGGCGAUCAUGAAACAGAAUGAACUAAUUUAUAGUGCUAAGUGACUGAGAUGUUGUAGGACUCUCACAAGUUCUAGAUGUUUUUGAUAUACUACGUAAAUGAAACCAAUUUGGGCCUGGGUAGUAAAAUUUCACUAAUAGGUAAAUUAUUAUUGUAUUUUGGGUUUGUGGUUGGAUUUAUGUGAAUCUCAGCAAUUUCAAUUAAUAACAUGAUUUAAGCUGAUGUCUUAGGUUCUUUGAAAUAUGUUGGAUCUCUAUAAAAAAAAGUUUGGACUGUUAGGUCCUUGGGGAAUUUCCACCAAGGAUUUGGAAAAAUAUAUUUAUAGGCUUUGGUUUUUUGUGUGUUUGUUUUUAACUUCAAAUUCAAGUCAUACUCAGAAAGCCUAGAAAACACUUGCUUUUAUCUUCUUACCUGGGUAUGUCAGAACCUUAAAGAAUCCACACACUUUAAAAGUACAAAUGAUCUAAAAUGAGUUAAUACACAUAACCCAUUCAUUAAACAAAUUGCUGACCGACAGACAGAGUGCAUUCACUUUCACAAACACACCCAAAAGAUUUCAAAGUUUAUACAUUUGAGCCUGAGCUCAGAGUCGAAACCUUUACUUUGUUUUCAUAUUCUGUAACAUGUUUGCUUCCUCAGGUGCCCCUCGGGUUAGCUAUUUGUUUUACUCAUAGCUCUUUAAACAUUGUAAGCAACUUUUAAAACAGUUUCCUUUCAAAGUUCCUGUUGACAUCUGAAGUUAGUGUGUCCUAAGAAUUUGAAGAAACUAUAUGACUUUCUUGCUAGUAUUGAUCUAUCACACAUGCCUAUUUCCUUUCCAUGAGAAUGUGUCUUGAGUGCUUUAAAGCUACAGUAACAGGUUCCUCUUUCACUGAAGAAGAAAGCAUCAUGUAGACGUUGUACUCCAAGGAUUAUUUUUUUCCUUUUUGUUGUUAUUGUUAUACUGGUGGUUAGACCCAGGACUUCAUGCUUGCCAGGCAAUCACCUCAUAUCCUUAGCUGCCUUCUGUUUUUUGUGCUGUUUGAAUCCUGAGGUACACAUGACCACAAAGACCACACGUAGACCACAAAGGUUUUGGAAGCUUAUUAUAUGUUUUUGCAAUCUGUGUUUGUAUUUUCCAGAUAGAGUUGUUCCCUCUGCCUGAUCUGCUUCUAUGAAGCUUAAUCUAUUGGGGACAGGGAGACAAAGCUAUGGAGUUUGAAGGAAAAACCUGCUAAAUUCUAUGUUCUAGUGCCCCAACUCCACCCAUGCACUCCUGAGAAGGUUUUUUUUAACCUAGAAUAAAGAGCAGCAGUGGUAAACUUGUUAGUUUGUUUGCAUGGUAAAUGAUGUGUCCUGGAACCUGUUGUCUUUUCUAAGGGUGAAAUCUUUCUAAAGGUGAAAUCAGUGAGAAUCUUUUUUUAUUAAUUAUUUUCAUAUAUUUCAUCCCAACUGCAUUUUCCACUCCUCUCCUCCCAGACCCUCCUCCCUUCCCCUUCCCCAUCCACUCCUUUUCCCUUCAGAAAAGGGCAGGCCUCCUAGGGAUAUCAACCAAACAUGGCAUAUUAAGUUUCAAUAAGACUAGACACUUCCCUCAUACUAAGGUGGCCCACUAGAAGGAAAGGGAUUCCAAAAGUAGCCAAAAGUGUCAGAAAGAGUUCCCCACUCCCUCUAAUAGGAGUCCCACAAAAACAGGUCACUCAUUGGGGAAUCUUUUAAUUGGCUAAGCAGUUUACCACUAGCGAACUAGACCUGGGAAACAUAGAAUCAUGGACAAUGACAUUGUUAGUAGCCAGUGUUUUAAGCACAGCCUUGACUGGAGUGUGGCAGAAUACAUUUUAAUCACCUGUUCUAGUAACAUCUGUGCAGAUCAAGCCAUGUGACUGACAGAAUCAACCUUUUUAGUUGGGUAGAGAACACUAUUGUUCUUCCAAGGGAAAGACAUUGUCCUCAGCACCCAUCACAGCCUUUUAAAAUCACUGUUGUCCAAUUAGAGAACUGCACCUGCUCAUUAUUUUAGGGAGGACCAGUGUGAAUCCAGUGGCUCCCUGUUUCUGGGGCUUUCUUAGACAGAAGGUGUGUGUGCUCUUCUGCUUCCUACAAUCUCUUCUGCCUUUCUCUUCCAAGGAACAUUUUCCUUUGAAAGUUUGACUUCAACCACUUUCAUGGAAACUAUAGUGUAUAGAAUGUCUGAAUGGUGGCAAGACUCAAGAGAAGGCAGACAUGCCCACCACCAUGUUAAACGGCAAAGUAUGGCCUUCUCCUGGACACUUUGCUAGCUCUGCUGGUACUGUGGAUGUCUGGACUCUCGUUACUGGCCAAGUCUCAGUACAAGUGUGCUUAUCUUUUCCUAAGAGCUGGGGGUAUUUUAGUAUGAAUAUUUUUGUUGGAUUUUCACCUAACUGUAUUUAUUUUUAGCUUUUUUCUCAUGAAAUCUCAAACUUUUUUUUAAGAACUUAGAAUAAAGAUUAGUCCAGCUUCCAAUGAAAUAGGGGCUGAAGAUAUAGGGCAUAGUCAUUUGCUUCACAUGUGCAAGGCACUGAUUUCAGUUCCAUCCUUACAAAAAAUAAAAUUGCAGGUAGGUAAAACUGUGGUCUUGAGAAGUUGUGACUUUGUAGGCCUUCUUAAACAAGGCACUGGUUUGAUUUUUAUUAGGUUGCUAUCCAAAACUAAUUAAUUUUGGCAUUUCAAACUGUUCCAUAACUUAAUUCUAUGAUUUAAGAAAUUAUGGGAGUGAAGAGGUUUUGCUGAGCCUUAAAAGAUAACUGUAAGCAUCAUCAAGGGACUUGGUUGCUGUUGCCCUUCCUCUGGAUUCGACCCCAUGAGUGACUAUAAUAGUCUUAAGUUGUACAGUAUAAGCCUUUCUUUUAGUGUAAAGAUAAAAGUGUUAUUACUGGCAGAGCCAAGUGUCUGAAAUUACAUAUUUAGGCAGUUUAGGCUUUAACAAGGAAAUGAUGAUUAGCUUGAUGGCAACAGCCUUAUUGAACAUAUGUGCAAAAACAAGAGAGACUGAAGCAGGAAGAUCUGAGUUUGAGGACAGCUUGAACUACAUAACAAAACUGCCUCAAAAAGCAACAAUAGAUAUAUAUAGAGAGAGAUGGCUCAGCAGUUAGGAGCACUGGCUUAUUUUCUAUUACCUUUGUAGAAGCUCACAAUGGUCUAAUUCUAGUCCGAGGAUCCAUCUUCUGGCCUCCACAGGCACUACAUGUGGGUAGUGCGCAGACAUACAUUCAUACAAAUGCUCAUACACAUAAAAAUAAAUAAAAUCUCAAAAAAAUUAAAGAAAAACAAUAACAAAAAAAUCAAAAGAACCCAUCAACUCAAUGUGUUACAGACAUUGAGAUUUACUGAUUUGAGAGGCUUACAGUAAUUGGUUAGAGAAGGAUUUAUAUAGUUUGGAUGAUGGCUUUGGAUCUCCUGGUGCUUUUUGUCUUUUAUCUCAAGGUGAAAACCCCUUUGUGUGAUGUUAGAGCAGUUCCUUGCAGCUUUGACUGCUGGAAGCAGAAGAGAGACUUUUGCCUCUGGAUUUGGUUGUGUUCUUUUUGAGGCUCCAUAAAAAUACAGACUCACCAGUUCCUGCUUUGAUGUGACAUGUGACUCCCCAGAAUACACCUUGCUUCUGUAGACCAGCUCCAACAGGAUUCCAUGGUAGCUGGGAUGUUAGGGCUCAGGGAGGAAAAGUCAGAAGACCAGGAUCUCCAGGGCCUCAAAGAGAAACCCCUGAAGUUUAAGAAGGUGAAGAAAGACAAGAAGGAAGACAAAGAGGGCAAACAUGAACCACUACAGCCUUCAGCCCACCAUUCUGCAGAGCCAGCAGAGGCAGGCAAAGCAGAGACAUCAGAAAGCUCAGGCUCUGCCCCAGCAGUACCAGAAGCCUCUGCUUCUCCCAAACAGCGACGUUCCAUCAUUCGUGACCGGGGACCUAUGUAUGAUGACCCCACCUUGCCUGAAGGUUGGACGCGAAAGCUUAAACAGAGGAAGUCUGGUCGCUCUGCUGGAAAGUAUGAUGUAUAUUUGAUCAAUCCCCAGGGAAAAGCCUUUCGCUCUAAAGUAGAAUUGAUUGCAUAUUUUGAAAAGGUGGGAGACACCUCCUUGGACCCUAAUGAUUUUGACUUCACUGUAACUGGGAGAGGGAGCCCUUCCAGGAGAGAACAGAAACCACCUAAGAAGCCCAAAUCUCCCAAAGCUCCAGGAACUGGCAGGGGUCGGGGACGCCCGAAAGGGAGCGGCACUGGGAGACCAAAGGCAGCAGCAUCAGAAGGUGUUCAAGUGAAAAGGGUCCUGGAGAAGAGCCCUGGGAAACUUCUCGUCAAGAUGCCUUUCCAAGCAUCACCUGGGGGUAAGGGUGAGGGAGGUGGGGCUACCACAUCUGCGCAGGUCAUGGUGAUCAAACGCCCUGGCAGAAAGCGAAAAGCUGAAGCUGACCCCCAGGCCAUUCCUAAGAAACGGGGUAGAAAGCCUGGGAGUGUGGUGGCAGCUGCUGCUGCAGAGGCCAAAAAGAAAGCUGUGAAGGAAUCUUCUAUACGGUCUGUGCAGGAGACUGUGCUCCCCAUCAAGAAGCGCAAGACCCGGGAAACCGUCAGCAUUGAGGUCAAGGAGGUGGUGAAGCCCCUGCUGGUGUCUACACUUGGUGAGAAGAGUGGAAAGGGACUGAAGACAUGCAAGAGCCCUGGGCGUAAAAGCAAGGAGAGCAGCCCCAAGGGGCGCAGCAGCAGUGCCUCCUCACCACCUAAGAAGGAGCACCAUCAUCACCACCAUCACGCAGAGUCCCCAAAGGCCCCCAUGCCAUUGCUUCCACCUCCACCCCCACCUGAGCCUCAGAGCUCUGAGGACCCCAUCAGCCCCCCUGAGCCUCAGGACUUGAGCAGCAGCAUCUGCAAAGAGGAGAAGAUGCCCCGAGCAGGCUCACUGGAAAGCGAUGGCUGCCCCAAGGAGCCAGCUAAGACUCAGCCCAUGGUUGCUGCCGCCGCCACCACCACCACCACCACCACCACCACAGUUGCAGAAAAGUACAAACACCGAGGGGAGGGAGAGCGCAAAGACAUUGUUUCAUCCUCCAUGCCGAGGCCAAACAGAGAGGAGCCUGUGGACAGCCGGACGCCCGUGACCGAGAGAGUUAGCUGACUUUACAUAGAGCGGAUUGCAAAGCAAACCAACAAGAAUAAAGGCAGCUGUUGUCUCUUCUCCUUAUGGGUAGGGCUCUGACAAAGCUUCCCGAUUAACUGAAAUAAAAAAUAUUUUUUUUUCUUUCAGUAAACUUAGAGUUUCGUGGCUUCGGGGUGGGAGUAGUUGGAGCAUUGGGAUGUUUUUCUUACCGACAAGCACAGUCAGGUUGAAGACCUAACCAGGGCCAGAAGUAGCUUUGCACUUUUCUAAACUAGGCUCCUUCAACAAGGCUUGCUGCAGAUACUACUGACCAGACAAGCUGUUGACCAGGCACUCCCCACAACAACAACCCCCUCCCUCCUCACCCCACCCCUAUCCCCUGUGUGCUCAUUAGAGAGGGCAAUUGAGAGGACACUCCCAUUUUUGGUGCCACUGAUGCCCUGUCCAUAGCUUCCCUGACUUUUACACCACCCCAACUCCCAAUCUGAGGGACUGGGAGGUGUGACGCAGGAGAAACUAUAUAGGACUCUUGGGAGAAGACUAUAGAGUUGGCAAGUGAUUGCGCCCCAGUAAUUCCAACUGUGGUAGCACAAGUCUGGCUCCACACCAACCCAAUCCAAAACUGACAAGGACAUUUUGCAAAAAAUGAAAGUGGCAUUUGUCUGAUCCAGCUCUGGCAUGGCUAGAGAUGAGUCUUAAACUGUUGGCUUAUAAACUGGCCUGAGCAACAGAAGAGGAUGGCCCAGAGUAAAGUGUCAUCAUCUGUUCACAAGGCAUGCUCCCCUAGAAGUUCAUGCUAAAGAAGUGCCAUGGAGGCAGCAGGACAAAGUACAGGCUAGGUGGAGUCAAGCCAGGCCUAGUGCCACAGAGCAAGAGAGCAGUCUCUGACUAGUAGUUAAGGGGGAAGAAAGAAAAAUAUUCUUCCAAUUGCUUUCCAGUUCUCCUUUAGGGACAGCUUAGAAUUAUUUGCACUAUUGAGUCUUCAUGUUCCCACUUCAAAACAAAUAGAUGCUCUGAAAGCAAACUGGCUUGAAAUGGUGACACUGUCCCACAAGCCACCAGACAAUGGCAGUGUUCAGAACUACCUGUAUAUGUAUAUACCUGGGCUUGUUUUAAAGUGGGCUCAGCACAUAGGGUUCCCACGAAGCUCCGAAACUCUAAGUGUUUGCUGCAAUUUUAUAAGGACUUCCUGAUUGCUUUCUCUUUUGUCCUUCCAUUUCUUCCUUCCAUUUCAUGUUUUCAUUUCUUCCCCUAGCUUCUAGUUGUUUCUGUUCCAGGCAGCUGCAGUGCCCAACCACAUGCUUACCUGACAGCAGUCAGCUGCAGUCCUAGGAUUCUCUCUGCCCUUUAACUUCCCAGUGCCAGUGCCAGGUAUCAUGUUUAACCUUGAGCAAGCGAUGGGCUCUUCUGAGCCCUCCCUAGCCUCUGUGAAGAACAAGAAGGUAGGAAGCUCUUGCUCUUGCUAAGAAAAAAGUCAAAAGGCUUUCAGACCCUAAACAAUAAGUCUUUUUACCUUCUACUUUAGAAAAGUGGACUAGAGCAUCUGGGUCACAUGUGGUAGCUCAAGGAGAUACAGAGGCCCAUAUGGCCUGCCAGAAUCAUUGCAUGGCCCAACAGGGGCUCCAGGCCCAUUACCCUCAACCCUACUCAGAAGUCUAAUGCCAAGCUUAGUGUGGGCAGGGUACCUGUCAGGACAGAUGGAGACCUGAGCAUGGAAUGACACCAGGGCCCCUGGCCCUUCUUCUGACGUGCGCGCGUGCGCGCACACACACACAGACACACACACACACACACACAAGUUUUUUUCUAGUGGGAUUCUUAACCUCUUGCUCACUGGGGACUGGGCAGUGUCAGCACAUCCCAUAUUUCAACCUCUGCUCCAUAAGUAUAGUGGUGAAUUUUAUAAACUUGACUUUGCUGUGGGAUUUUAAUUGGUCAGUUUUCAUUUGGGAUUUAACCUCUGUUCAGGAAGUCCUUAUCUAGCUGCAUAUCUUCAUCAUAUUGGUAUAUCCUUUUCUGUGUUUACAGAGAUGUCUCAUAUCUAUCGAAAUCUGUCUGACUGAGAAGUACCUUAUCAAAGUAGCAAAUGAGACAGCAGUCUUACGCUUCCAGAAACACCCACAGGCACGUCCCAUGUGAGCUGCUGCCAUGAACUGUCAAGUGUGUGUUGUCUUGUGUAUUUUCACUAACGUUCCCCAGCUUCCUUCCUGCGGUGUAAUCAUGGAAGAGUGAAACAUCAUAGAAUUCGUCUAGCACUUCCUGGCCAGUCUUUAGUGAUCAGGAACCGUAGUUGACAGUUCGAAUUGAUAGCUUAAGAUACAACCAUGUUUGUCUCUUAUGGAAUGGUUUUAGAACUAAGUGAGAGAUCUUGCCCCAUUCUGUUUGCCGAAUCAUAGCUGGACUUUCUAGUGUAUUUGUAUCCAUUUCCUUGUGCUAUAAAAGCAAACCCUGCAACCAGCUUUCUGUCAGGCAAUCCUUUUGCCUGCUCUGCUUUUGAUCCUCUUAGUCUUGCUUCUGAUUCCUCCCUGGAGAGGGAGGAGGGGUUGGAAGAGGAACUCUGGAGGGUCCAGGAUAUGUCCUUCUGAACUCCUGCUUCUUCCAAUGACAAAAGGCCCCUGCAACCCCACCCCAACCUGCCCCAUGCACUCUUCAAGGACACUUUUCCAUACCCUUAUAGCACCUAGCCAGGUUGACACCAAGUUGUCUAUUGUGGUUUGCUUGGGAUUUUGCCUGUUAUGCUUACUUAGUCCAAUAAAAUGGACUCCUAAGUUGGGGAUCCCUCAUCCUUGGAAGACAACCUAGAUUGAUUAGACAUUUACAGUUGGGAUCGAAGCACUUUGGGUGCCAUUUUCUUUUAUUUGGGCUUUAUCUACAGCCCCCUCACUCCCCCACUUUCCUGUAUGUAGAACUGAUUUCAAAACUGCAGGUGGUGGUACCUGCAGCUCCUUAGGGAUUUCUUCACUUCCUCCUUCUUUCCCCAUUCCCUCAUCCACAAACUAGUCAGUCUCCUUUAAGCAGGCAGCUUUGGUGGGGUUUUUCCCCUGGAAGCCAGGGACCCUGUAUAGCUAGCUCUCAGGCUGCCUCUGCCUUGCAGUCAGGUUGACGGAAGGUUGGAGGGAAAAGCCUUAUUAAGUCAUGGGAUUCUUAACCAGCUAUGUCUGGCUCAAACCUGGAGUGUGACCUUUAUUUUGUUGUAUUUGAACAUUGUAAAGUAUGGGUGGUAUCUUUCGCUGAAUAUGUGAAGAAUACAGAAACUGACCAACAGCUUUCAGAUACCUGGGGCUAGGUCACUAAGGUCACAUCCAGUCUUCCCUACCCUCUUCUAGUUGUUAGUUACUACCUCUCCCAGAUAGAUUGCUGUAUAUCCUCCAACUAUGAUCAUCCUGGCCCAAGCUUGCCCAUUCUUGAGUCUGUCUUAACCAGUGGAACUGCUGCCCUUGAUGUGCAGUGAGUUGAGGACUCUUGGUCACAGCCAGGAUGUAGUAGUACAGCUCCUUUCUGCUGGUGCUGUAUUUCCAUAUCAAAAGGCACAGGGGAGAUCUAGAAAUACCAUCUCCGUCAGUCCAUCAGUGCCAAACAAGCCCAUGAUCCCAGCAUGGGUACAGACAAUUCUGUUCAGUGCUAUCACAACAGACUAGAGGCCAUGAACAUUGGAUGUGGGAACCAGAGCAACCGAAAUUGCUGCUGCUUUACUCAGCUUUCUGUUGCUCUGGCAGUGAUGAAACAAAGCAGUAACCAGAAACAGACUGCCAGGUUUGGCAGGGAAAGGAAUUUCCUUAGCUGACAGGACCUCUGGAUUUUAAAUAAGUUGUAAUAAGUGGAUUAAACCCAUCCAGGAAAAAAGCAAAAGAGUUGGAACUGACCAGAUAAGACCAGCCAGAUUUCAUGCAGCCCAAGUGGAGUCCAGCUGUCUGAACUCUGCAGAACUUCUCUAACUACAGUCUCCUUCCAGAGCAUUCCAGCUAGGCUCUUAAGGCUGAGGAGGCAUCACAGGUGCCAGUUCUUCAAGAAGACCUUGUACAUCAGUUGGUAGCCUAUAACUUUACCCUGGAUUGUUUGUUGAUUCAGGUUAACACUACAGAUUCUAGGGCGGAUGACUGAGACUCAGAAAAAAGCAGUUUCUAAAGUUCCUGUGGAGUGUGGGGACUAGGGCAGAUGCAGCAUGCCCCAUGCCUGAGCCAAGCCCUCUCCUCCAUCCACAUCCUUUUCUGGCUCUUUCUUCCCGCUCUCUGCUUCAGCAAACCAGCCCCACUCUGAAGAGAUUUGUUGAUUCUCUCCAUUUUUAUGUCUUUCUCUUUUAGGUACUAUAUAGAAAAGGCUUAGUCUAAUUGUUAUAAAUUGCUAGAAUACUGCCUCCCCCAGGGUCUAAAAUUAUAUGCUAAAGGGGAAAACUUGAAUACCGAAACCAGUUCUGAACAAUUUAGAAGGAAAACCUUGAAAGAAAAUUAACAAAAACUACAUUUUGAUGUUUAUGAAUAAGAGGAGACUUUUGAAAAAAUGUUGAUCUAUAAAUACUUAAUUUUGACCUGAGGUGUCUAAUGAGUGAUUUGAGCAAAGGGAGCAUCAGAGGAGAUAGAACCAGGAGCCUCUUGAAAUUUGAAGUGUUUUAGCAUUGGAAAGCCAAUCGCUCUUUGGGUAGCUGACCCCAGAAUACCACUUCUGACCUUGUCAUUUGGUAUGGAGGUUAAUGGUCUGCCAGAUGCCAAAGUUACAUGAGACUAGCUCUUGGUGCAUCAGUUCGAACACUCAGUGACCUAGAAGGCCCAGCACAAAGCGUCUGCUCUCUUCUUAACUGAGCCUGCCCCAGCACCAGUGCACAAAUUAGGGGAGGUCUGCUUCCUAUAGAGCAUCCCUCCCUGGGGCCUCCUGUCCCUUGUACUCUACCUACCCGACCUUUAGGAUCUUGGUACAUAUGAAAUGGCUGUGUGGCAAGCACUUUGGCAUGCCCCCCUAAACUUACCCUAGAGUCUCUCCCUGCCUACUUAAGCCUGUCUCUCUGCUUUCUGAGGAGGUAUUAGAGUCCGUAGAGUGGAGAGGAAAAAGAAGACAGGAAGUGCCAGGCUAGUAGUGAAAAUGCUCUGGGAGGAAAACAGGCCCCUAGGCUUUGCACAAGCAGGACUCAGCCCCUCAUGGGAACUAAGUGCCAUCUUUGAGUUUAAGAACAUUUGGACAAUUUGCAAAUGACCUUUGCUCCUUGCUCCUCUCACCUUUUAUCAGGCCCUACUUAGCACUGAGAGCAAAUGCGGUGAAAAGGUAAAGAAGUUUGGCUCCUGCCCACUGAUAGUCCUUCUCCCUGCAGUGUUUGUGUGUCAAGUGGCAAAGCUGUUCUUCCUGGUGACUCUGAUUAUAUCUAGUAACUUAGAGAUUGUAUGCAUUGGUCUGCUUUGACUCUUCUAUUCUGGGCUUUUGAUUUGUUUUUCAGUUUUGCUUUUAGUUUUCCUGUUUUUAUUUUAUGCACCAACUAGACACACAAAGCAGUUGAAUUUAUAUAUAUAUAUAUAUAUAUAUAUCUGUAUAUUGCACAAUUAUAAACUCAUUUUGCUUGUGGCGCCACACACACAAAAAAACCUUUAAAAUUAUACCUGUUGCUUAAUUACGAUAUUUCUGAUAACCAUAGAGUAGGACAAGGGAAAAAUUUUAAAAAGAAAAAAAAAGAAAAAAAACAUCUGUCUGCUGGUCAUUUCUUCAGUCCAAGCAGAUCUGUGAUCUUUCCUUGCUUCUUUCAAAGGCUUCCCUGUGCUAAGUGAAGGAAGCUCCAAGCUGCACCCAGGUUUUGUGCUUUGUUUCUACUCUGUUGUGAAAGGGGCCCCAAAAUUCUGGGUAUAGGACAGCUCAUUUCAGCAUGGGUUUGGGAGACAAGAACACUCCCUUUACAUGCUGAAGUCCAGAAUUUAGUAGGCAUAGCCUAAUCCCCACCUCUAGGGAUGGGGAGCUAGCAUGCAUGGAGGUGGCCCAACUCCCUCCCCCUUUCCCUGGCCAGGGAGAGCCUGUGUACAGUAAGUGUGGCAGGCUUUCCCUAGUUAGCAGGACUCAGAGCAUUUCAAAACCUUCAAGACUUUGCUGAAUCCAGGAACUAGAGAGGAGAUAGGAGACUUGAUCUGUCUCCAAACCCUGUAAGCUGUGCCAGGUAGAAUGCCAGGGGACUCUAGCAUCACAUCUAACAGCUCAAUGGGUCUCCUCCAGGAAGUAGUAAAGACUCCAGAAACAACCCUUUCUCUUCUCCCUGCUCCCAUGAGUAACUGCAUUUGCUUUUGUAAUUCUUAAUGAGCAAUAUCUGCUAGAAAGUUUAGCUGUAACAGUUCUUUUUGCAAAAGAAUCAUUCUUAAAUAAUUAAAAGCACCCCCCCCCAAAAAAAGUCCAGAACCUUCCAAAGCAGAGAGCAUUAUAAUCACCAGAGCCAAAAUCUGUCCCACACCUCUACCACGUCCCCUCAUUAUUGCUUCUUCUGAGGCCAGAACACAGCAGAGAUAUUUGUAGGCCCUUUGGGUGGCUGAGCUACCCUUGGAGCUCUUGAAAGAUGAGCUGGGGAAGCCUCUGAGACCCUAUCCUAGGGUCUUGUUCUAGAGAGUAAUCAGUAUUAGUAGAGCAUCACAACAUUAUUCCCCAGCCUGCAUGGGAUGGGAGCAGAAGAGGCCAAAGGGUUGUCGUCAACGGCUACUUGGCCACUGACAGGUAGGUGACCAUGUAUGUCCAAGCAUGCUUUAUGGAUUAUGUGUGAUCAGCACCCAAGUUAGCUUCAUCUGGUGACCUCUAACCCUGCCUGGAUGGAGCAGGCUACCUGGUUCAAGGUUUCUGGGCAGCUGGACAAUGGAGUGCAAAAGGCUUGCAGAACUUGAAGCCUUUUCCUUACCUUGCUAGCACGUUUCCAUUUGAUUUGUCACUGCUUCAAUCAAUAACAGACGCUCCAGAGUCAGUAGUUGAUGAAUAUAUGACCAAAUAUCACCAGGACUGUUACUCAAUGUGUGCCGAGCCCUUGUGCUGGGCUCCCUGUGUACCUGGACACUGUAAUGUGUGCUGUGUUUGCUCUCCUUCCUCUUCUUUCCUUGCCCUUUCCUUGUCUUUCUGGGGUUUUUCUGUUUGGGUUUGGUUUGGUUUUAUUCUUCCUUUUGUGUUCCAAACAUGAGGUUCUCUCUACUGGUCCUCUUUAACUGUGGUGUUGAGGCUUCUAUUUGUGUAAUUUUUGGUGGGUGAAAGGAACUUUGCUAAGUAAAUCUCUUCUGUGUUUGAAAUGAAGUCUGUAUUGUAACUAUGUUUAAAGUAAUUGUUCCAGAGACAAAUGCUUCUAGGUACAUUUUUAUUACAAACGAAGCAUUGGAAGGGAGGGGGUGGUGAAUAAGACAAGAGGGGCAAUCUGAAGAGAUGACCCCUGCCCAGAUCAGCCAGAAGCUAUCAUAAGUUAAGCACUGGAUUUCCAUUCCAAGUCAAGAGACUGAAGCUGAUGUGUUGCCAUUUUCAAAGUCAAAGCAAAACCAGCUAGCUUUUCAACCCAGUGGAUUCUUUGCUUCCCCUUCCCAGAUUAUUACUACUAUUGUAAUAAUCUAGGAGUGCCAGGAGAGAAAGGGAUAUGAGAGCAGAGCUGAGCUCACUGAGUAUGGAAAGUCUUGGCCUGAGUUUUCAGGAGGAUGCUCCACUGUGGACACAGGGAGACGACAGAAGAUGAAUUAGCCUCUCCCUGUCUGAAAUACCUCUUAAUAGAUAAGCCAAGGCCAUGAACAUUAUUGUCUCCAAGGCAUAACCAGUCAGGACACUUGUGUCAAACACUAUGAUGUCCCCUAGUGCAUAGUAAUAAUCUGAUAUCUCUGCUCCCACCAUGCCUGGGGGAUAAAAUGAUAGCAGAGACUUCUCUCCUUUGAUGCUAUCUGAUUCCCAACAAAAUCUUGACAUGAGAUACCACCUUCUCUUCCUAUGGCAAACAUCUUCAGUAAAGUGUUAUCCUCAUUACAGAUUGUUCCAGGCUCUUGUAGAGGAACAGAUCUGUGCUCCCUUGUACCCUCAUGUGAGGACAGUGCUACCUGUAGUGACCAGUUGGCUAUGGUAGUUAUUAGCUGGAAGAUCCAGACAGGGUACAUCCCCCUCCUAAAUCCAUGUUGUACUUCUGUCUGCCAGCCUGGGGGGUUGGGGGGAAGCGAGAUCUAUAGGAUAAUGCGGCCAGUGACAAGCCACCCUGUAUUUGGCACCAGCUCAAAAACCCAUCUAAGGUUGGGACAGACAAGGCAGAGAGAAAGAUUCAGGACAGAUAUAGCUGGAGGGGUCUUGAAAAGCCCUCUGUGGUAUUCACCUUCAGUUUUUGUGCUUUGGGACAAUUACUUUAAAAAAUAAGUAGGUCGUUUUAAAUACAAAAUAUUGAUUGCUUUUUUGUAGUGUUCAAAACAAAAGGUUCUUUGUGUAUAGCCAAAUGACUGAAAGCACUGAUAUAUUUAAAAACAAAAGGCAAUUUAUUAAGGAAAUUUGUACCAUUUCAGUAAACCUGUCUGAAUGUACCUGUAUACGUUUCAAAAACACACCCCACUGAACCCCUGUAACCUAUUUAUUAUAUAAAGAGUUUGCCUUAUAAAUUUACAUAAAAAUGUCCGUUUGUGUCUUUUGUUGUAAAAUCAAGUGGUUUUUCAUAAGGUUCUUUUACUAUUUGAAAAGAUGGGCAGCACGCAGUUUCAUUUUAUUUUUGUAAGUUUUUUAAUACAUGUGAAAGCAAAGAAUACUCAGCAUGCCUUUCUAAGUGAUGCGUUUGCACCUUUUGUUGGGAAGUACUGUAUCCUGUGCUGUUAGCAUUCUCGAUAAAUCUCUCUGUGAAAGUGA